GCUAUACAGAAACAACCAGUUAUGCCUUGUGAUAAAAAUCCAGAGCAACCCAACAGGAGUCACAGUAAAGAUGAAAGGAGGAAAAAUAAAACAUGGAGAGAAGGAGAAGGAGAAAAGGAAGAAGAAAUGGAAAAGGAUGGAAAAGAGAAACUGGCAGAGGAACAGGAGGAAGAGAAGAAAGGAGAAAAAAUGGAAUGUGAGGAAGAAUAUCCGGAGAAAAGAUUAGUCAGUAAGCCCCUCAUGGACACUCUCUGGGCAACGUUCAAGUUAAACAAGUGCCCCACAAAAGGACUUAGUCUGUCGCUUGCAUUUGAAUUUAACAUGACAGAGAAACAGAAAGAAACGUGA